AUGAAGUGCCAAGUCCUUUCAAGCGCAGCCCUCUUGGCUACCGGAGCCAUGGCUGCGCGCCCUUUCCUAAACGAGCCCGACACUGGCAUUGAGCUUGUGCUUGGUGAUAUUGGGGCGGGUGUUCUUCCAGACCUUGAGAAAAUGAUUGGCCUGCCUGACUUUGACUACGCUGCUCGCAACUAUCUGCCCAUUGCGAACUACACUUACUACCGGAACGGCGCUGCUGGCGAGUGGUCGUACCGCAACAACCUCGAGAUCUACCAUAAGUUCCAUAUCCGUUAUCGAACCAUGGUUGACAUCACUGGUAUUGAAAACACUCUGCCCACAACCAUUCUCGGCCACAACUUCUCAGCCCCUUUCUUCAUCGCGCCGGCUGCCGCUGCCGUUCGAGGCCACCCCGAUGCGGAGCUUGGUCUCGUUAAAGGUGCUGGAGCUGAGAACAUUCUCUACAUCCCCUCGCACUAUGCCAGCAAGAGCAUUGAGGAGAUUGGUGCCGCCAAGCAGGAUGGCCAGGUCAUUUUCCAACAAGUCUACCUUGACUCAAACGAUACUAAGACCCAAAUUGAGUUUGACCGUAUCAAGGCUGCUGGCUCCAAGGCCAUUGUCUUUACCGUUGAUUCAGCUGCUGAUGGCAACCGUCACCGUGCUGCCCGCUUCGGUGUCGGUUCCGCCGACUCUGACUACACACUCAUUACCUGGGACUACUACCACAAGAUCCAGAAAAUGACUGAUCUCCCUAUCAUCAUCAAGGGUCUCGGUACCGUUGACGAUGUCAAGCUGGCUAUCGAGCACAAGGUUCCCGCCGUCUACCUCUCCAACCAUGGUGGUCGACAGCUCGACACUGCUCAGUCUACCCUUGAGACCGCCCUGGAGAUCUUCAGAGAGGACCCUGAGAUCUUCAACAAGAUUGAUAUCUUUGCUGACGGCGGUGUCCGAUACGGCGCUGAUGCUUUGAAGCUGCUUGCCCUUGGUGUCAAGGCUGUUGGUCUUGGCAGGCCUUUCAUGUAUGCCAAUGUUUACGGCGAAGAAGGUGUUAAGAAGGCUGCCAAGAUUCUCAAGCACGAGCUCGCUAUUGAUGCCGGUAAUGCCGGUGUUGCUGACUUGAAGAAGGUUGACAGCACCUAUGUGAACUGGAACUCCAACUGCUACUACAGCGGUUAA